GCUCUAGCCACUCCCUACGCCCGGCCGGCGGACCCUGCACUCUCAUGUCCAUCCACAGCUCCAUUCAAAGUGCUGAGAUCCAGAUGAGAGCCCCAUCCAGCCUCAUCUAGCACGGCAUUCGAGUGAAACAAAAAAAAAAAACUGCAGGGGAAGGGCUUCAGGAGCAACUCCAGACUUGGGGAAUCACCUCUUGGAUUCCUACUUUUUGUCCGAAGAGUGGAUUUAGGACGAUAGGGAGCAACUCUUGCUGAGAUAAAGAGGGGGCGACACCUGCAGCCAAAAAUGGAGGUGAAAACGUCACUUCUAGACAACAUGAUUGGGGUUGGGGACAUGGUCCUCCUAGAACCCCUAUCCGAAGACUCAUUCAUCGAGAACCUGAGGAACCGCUUUGACCACAACGAGAUCUACACGUACAUCGGCAGUGUGGUGAUCUCCAUGAACCCCUACAGGUCCCUGCCCAUCUUCACGCCAGAGAAAGUGGAGGAGUAUCGCAACAGGAACUUCUAUGAGCUCAGUCCACACAUAUAUGCUUUGGCAGAUGAGGCCUACAGUUCACUGAGAGACCAGGACAAGGACCAAUGCAUCCUCAUCACAGGGGAGAGUGGGGCGGGGAAAACUGAGGCCAGUAAGCUGGUGAUGUCAUACGUGGCAGCGGUGUGUGGGAAGGGCCAGGAGGUUAAUAAGGUCAAGGAACAGCUGCUGCAGUCCAAUCCAGUGCUGGAGGCCUUUGGAAAUGCCAAAACAGUAAGGAAUGACAACUCUUCUAGAUUUGGAAAGUACAUGGACAUUGAGUUUGACUUCAAAGGAGAUCCUCUCGGUGGGGUCAUCAGCAACUAUCUGCUGGAGAAGUCACGUGUGGUGAAACAGCCAAGAGGAGAGAGGAACUUCCACGUCUUUUAUCAGCUUUUGUCUGGAGCCUCGGAUGACACGCUCAAGAAGCUGAAGCUGGAUCGGGACUUCAGCAAGUACAACUACCUGAGCCUGGACUCUGCUGCGGUCAACGGGCUGGAUGAUGCGGCCAACUUCAGGACAGUCAGAAAUGCCAUGCAGAUCGUGGGCUUCAUGGAGGACGAGGUGCAGUCAGUGCUGGAGCUGGUGGCGGCCGUGCUGAAGCUCGGCAACAUAGAGUUCAAGCCAGAGUCCCGCUGUAACGGCACAGACGAGAGUCGCAUCAAAGACAAAAACGAUUUGAAGGAGAUGUGCGAGCUGCUGGGGAUCGAACAGUCAGUGCUGGAAAGAGCGUUCAGCUAUCGUACAGUGGAGGCUAAGCUGGAGAAAGUGUCCACCACCCUGAAUGUUUCCCAGGCCUACUACGCCCGGGAUGCCCUCGCCAAAAACCUCUACAGUCGUCUGUUUAGCUGGCUAGUCACCAGGAUCAACGAAAGCAUUAAAGCACAAGCCAAAACUCGACACAAAGUCAUGGGUGUGCUCGACAUCUAUGGCUUUGAGAUAUUUGAGGACAACAGCUUCGAGCAGUUCAUCAUCAACUACUGCAACGAGAAGCUGCAGCAGAUCUUCAUCGAGCUGACCCUGCGCGAGGAGCAGGAGGAGUAUGUCAGAGAGGGCAUCGAGUGGACCAACAUUGAAUAUUUCAACAAUGCCAUUAUCUGCGACCUCAUUGAGAAUCACCAAAACGGCAUCUUGGCCAUGUUAGACGAGGAGUGCCUGAGGCCAGGGACGGUCACGGACGAGACAUUCCUGGACAAACUCAACACCAUCUGUGCUGAACACCAACACUUUGAGAGUCGUCUCAGCAAGAAUUCAAAGUUCCUUACCGACCACAGCCUGCCACACAGCUGCUUCCGCAUCCAGCACUACGCCGGGAAGGUGUUGUACCGCACUGAGGGCUUCGUAGACAAGAACAACGACCUGUUGUACCGGGACCUGUCACAGGCCAUGUACAAGGCCACCCACAGCCUCAUCAAGCAGCUCUUCCCUGAAGGCAACCCAGCCAAAGUCAACCUGAAGAGACCACCGACUGCUGGAUUCCAGUUCAAAGCGUCAGUGGGUACGCUGAUGAGGAACCUGCAGACCAAGAACCCAAACUACAUCCGGUGCAUUAAGCCCAACGACAAGAAGGCAGCCCACAUCUUCACCGACUCUCUGGUCCGCCAUCAGGCACGGUACCUGGGCCUGAUGGAGAACGUUCGCGUGAGGAGAGCGGGGUACGCCUUCCGCCAAGCCUACGAGCCGUGUCUGGAGCGCUACAAAAUGCUGUGCAAGCGGACGUGGCCCCACUGGAGAGGACCUGCCAGGGAAGGAGUGGAGGUGCUCAUGGGCGACCUCCAGGUCCCAACAGAAGAGUACUCGUACGGCCGCUCCAAGAUCUUCAUCAGGAACCCAAGAACGCUCUUCUUCUUGGAGGAAAGGAGGAGGCAAUGCCUGCAAGACCUGGCCACACUCAUUCAGAAGAUCUACCGUGGCUGGAAGUGCCGCAGCCACUUCCUGCUGCUCAAAGAGAGCCAGAUCGUAGUGGCUGCAUGGUACCGCCGAUUCGCUCAACAAAAGAAAUACAAGAAGAUCAAGAGCGCCACCACCGUGAUGCAGUCCUACGCUAGAGGAUGGCAGGCUCGCAAACUCCUGAGAGAGCUGAAAUAUCAGAAGAGGUGUGAGGAGGCAGUGACCACCAUCUCAGCCUUCUGGCACGGCACCCAGGCUCGGAUGGAGCUGAGACGUCUAAAACAAGAAGCGCUGAAUAAAUACGCUGUGACAGUAAUUUGGGCAUACUGGCAGGGAACCAAGGCCCGGAGAGAGCUGCGUCAGCUGAAGGAGGAGGCGAGGAAUAAACAUGCCGUAUCGGUCAUUUGGGCCGGCUGGCAGGGCACCAAGGCUCGCAGGGAGCUGAGGAGACUGAAGGAAGAGGCCCGGCGUAAGCAUGCUGUUGCUGUGAUUUGGGCCUACUGGCAGGGACUCAAGGUCCGCAGAGAGUACAGAAAAUUCUUCAGGGCAAAUGCCGGCAAGAAAAUCUAUGACUUCACCAUCCAAAGAAUCAUGCAAAAGUACUUCUUGGGCCUGAAGAGCACCACGCCCUCCAUGUCUCCCGUCGACAUGAACUGGCCCACUAGGCCUUACCGCUUCCUGGAUGGAGUCCACACAGAGCUGCGUAGAAUCUUCCACCUCUGGAGGUGUAAGAAAUACAGGAGCCAGUUCACAGAGGAGCAGAAGGCUGUUUAUGAGGAGAAGCUGGAGGCGAGCGAGAUCUUCAAGGAUAAAAAGACUCUCUACCCGAGCAGCGUGAGCCAGCCCUUUAAAGGAGACUACCUGGAGAUCAGCAAGAACCCCAAAUACCAGAAACUCAGCAGCGCCGUGGAUGAGAAGGUCCUGCUGGCAGAUGUGGUCAACAAGAUUAACAGGGCCAAUGGCAAGGGAACGCCUCGGAUCUUCCUGCUGACGAAGAAGAGCGUGGUCCUGGCAGACCAGAAGACGGGACAGGUGAAGGCCAGCGUCCCUCUGCCUGACCUCAGCAGCGUGUCAGUCAGCACACAGAGCGACGGCUUCUUUGCGCUCAGACUCAAAGAGGGUUCAGCGUCAGCAAUCAAAGGAGACUUCUUACUCAGCAGCGAACAUCUGAUUGAGAUAAUCACCAAACUACACCGCACCGGGGCCACGGCUGCAGACAGCGAGCAGCUCAACAUCGACAUCUCAGACGAGUUCCUGGUGCAGUUCAAGCAGGACAAGGUCUGUGUGAAGUUCAUCCAGGCAGCAGCGCUCAAGAACGGCAACAGUGUGUCCUGCAAACGCAAGAACAACCGCCUGCUGGAGGUGUCGGUUCCCGCUUCGGCAUAGUGCUGCUCUUUUUUCACCAGUGCUGUUCCUGAGAGCUCAGAUAAGGGUGGGAGUGGGGGGUCAUUUCCAUCCAAGCACCAUCCACUCGGAAAAAAAAACCUCUCGUCUCAUGAAGCAUCACCACGUGCCCACCCUGAGCCCAAAAGUGACAGUGCAGUUAUUUGGCUUGUAGUGUUGAUGUUAAUCCUCCCGUCUCUUCCUAUCAGAUUUACUAUGGCACCACUAUAGCUGUAACCUGACGUAAUGUGCCAAUUUUGUUUUUGGCAGUGAAAGCCCGAAUCUGGGUUGCAUGCCACAUAAAUUUGGUCAAAUGUUUCACUGGUGUUUUUGUAAAACUUGGGUAAAGAGUUGAAGAUGGAUAGAAAACAAAUCUCGGUGGAGCACAAGACACUUUGUGUAUGCCAGUGGGUGACGUUGGUCAUGAUUGUUCUGCCUGUAAGUUGGAUUAGUCUUCAGAGAAAAAGUCAUUAGAAGGAAGUUUUUUUUUUUUUGACAAGCGCCAGCCUCAACUGGCCUUGACUCAUCCAUUUUUAAGCAGCUCUGCCUUUUUAAAGCAGAUGGCUUCAAACUUGAGGUGAACGGGGAAACUUUUUGGGCUCGGCUCGACAGAUUUAGUUUUCUCUGAUGAACUGAAACGCUGCACUUGUUUUACCUCAGUGUAACCAAAAGAGGGAUGACCUGAAAAUGAAUUUGAUUGUAUUGUUGUAUUAUUAUCUAAAUACUUUUUUUCUCGGAACGUUGGGAAGUUCAACAAGAAAUGUAAUUUGGUAGAUAAAUGUUAAACCACUUUUGUAUCUGCAAUUCCUAUGUGCCAUUUAAAAGGUCCUAUGUCAGUGUAAUAAUACAAACAUCCCAAAACAAUGAAGGUGAUUGGCCCUGUUCUAUUGCUAUAAUUUACAACACAUUUUUCUUGUUCUUGUCAACAUGUGGCAGCUCUGCACAUGUGAUCAACCCCUAUCUUCUUCUCUACAAACACAGUAAAACAUGAUCCUUUUUAAGCUUUAUUUCAUCUACCAGUUAUUGUCCUAAGCUGAAUUCAUAUCCUUAAUAAGUAGAAUGUCAUGUUUAAGAGAAAAAGACUUGAUCAAAGAUGCCGGCAAAGGCAAUGAAGACGUUUCAUUGGAAGGGAAAAGUACCCAAUCAGAAGACGUAAAGGUACCUGCAUCUUCCUAAAGUCUUCACUAGAUUCAAAGCUUUUCUUGAUCCAAGGUUUAAAACAAAAACAAAAAAAACUACACUUUUCUUUUGUGUGCAAUAAAUAAAAUGCUUUGUUUUGAUUGUUCUAUUUCCAGCGAAAACAGUACUGAGAGCCCCCCCCCCCUCCAGCAGUCGCCCUCACUGUACCGUCAGCUGUACAUAAAGGCUUUUUAGGCCGCGGCAUGGACAAAAGGCUUUUUCUUUAGUAUUCUAACUCUAGUUGCUGUGUUUGUGAAAUAGCCGUUCUUGCCACUGCAGCGUGAGGUAUUGUAGUGCUUGACCCACUCUGACCUAAUGUGUAUUUUUUCAAUGGGAGACGCCAAAUAUUCAGCACACAUGACCACAGAUUCAUGAAGUUGACCAGUUAUAGCUUUUGCAUCUUUCUAUUACAAAUACAGUAAACUUUGCUACACGUAUAUUUAUACAUAAGCCAAAUUUAACUUUUCAAGGAGGCAAUACAGUGCUACAUUUUGCAGGUAUGUUACCUUUUAAUAACCUUUUUGAUGUAAUGGUAGUGGGUUUUGUACCGUUGACGUAUAUAUCGACCAGAUCUUUCUCUGGUGACUGCGGGGAAUAUAACACAGCCAAAGUUGGUCUAGUCAUGUUUUGAAAUCUGGGCUACCUUAGUUUGUAAGUUGCUGAUGUAUUUUUUUUUCAAUGUCACAAAAGACACGGGGGCGUGAGACAUCAGGUGUUGCUGUCCCUUGCACAGGAACGAUUGAGCUGAAAGCUAUUUUUGGAUGUAUCGUCUUCCUUGGCUCCCUGCAACAACUUUCAGUGUAGUUUUGCUAAGGUGACAUCUUGUUCCUCCCCUCUACAUCUCUCUUUUCUCGCCCUUCUUUGUUUUCGUAUUUGAACAAUGGCUAGUUCUGCAAAAUGAUGUCUGCAUUCUUGUGUGCCUAAUGUCGACCUGUGCUGAGAGACAGAAUAUAGAAAUGUUUUAAUAGAUCUCAGUGUAACAUUUACAAGUAAUCUUUUUUUAAAUUAAAUAAAAGUCGGUAAUAAAUAAAUGUUGUUAUUCUGGGA